AAGAGAGGCUGCAUUCUCAGACUGACACUUAUUCAACACUGCCACCGUAAGCAGAUUACUUUUGCGCUGCCUGUGUCAAAUACGUAGUUCACUUUGCCUCUCCAUCAUGUUUAGGAUGCUGAAACACCACCUUCACCCGGGCAUGUUUCUCUUGUUCCUAUGGCUUUGUCACCUCAUGGAACAUCAAAAAGUUCAAGCUGGGAACUGCUGGUUGCAGCAGGGGAAGAACGGGAGGUGCCAGGUGCUCUACAUGCCCGGGAUGAGCAGGGAGGAGUGCUGUCGGAGCGGAAGACUGGGGACGUCCUGGACCGAGGAGGACGUCCCCAACAGCACGCUCUUUAGGUGGAUGAUCUUCAAUGGCGGAGCCCCGAAUUGCAUACCUUGCAAAGGUGGAGAAACCUGCGAUAAUGUUGACUGCGGGCCCGGGAAGAGGUGCAAGAUGAACAGAAGGAGUAAGCCGCGCUGCGUGUGCGCACCAGACUGCUCCAACAUCACCUGGAAGGGACCGGUCUGUGGCUCAGAUGGAAAGACCUACAAAGACGAAUGCGCACUGCUGAAGGCUAAAUGCAAAGGCCACCCCGACCUGGACGUGCAGUACCAGGGAAAGUGCAAGAAAACGUGCCGUGACGUCUUGUGCCCUGGCAGCUCGACAUGCGUUGUGGACCAGACAAAUAACGCAUAUUGUGUGACGUGUAAUCGGAUUUGCCCCGAGGUGACGUCGCCUGAGCAGUACCUGUGUGGAAACGACGGGAUCGUCUAUGCCAGCGCAUGUCACCUGAGAAGAGCCACAUGUCUCCUCGGCAGAUCUAUUGGAGUGGCAUAUGAGGGAAAAUGCAUCAAGGCCAAGUCGUGUGAGGACAUCCAGUGCAGCGUGGGGAAGAAGUGUCUGUGGGAUGCUCGGAUGAGCCGGGGCCGCUGCUCACUGUGUGAUGAGACCUGUCCGGAGAGCAGGACAGAUGAGGCGGUGUGUGCCAGUGACAACACCACAUAUCCCAGUGAAUGUGCCAUGAAGCAAGCUGCUUGUUCUUUGGGGGUGCUGCUGGAAGUCAAGCACUCGGGAUCUUGCAACUCCAUUACAGAAGACCAGGAGGAGGAUGAGGAAGAUGAGGACUCAGACUACAUGGCCUAUGUCCAUAUAUCUUCUAUACUGGAUGGAUAGGCGCUCAUCACUAGGGGAACAGUCCUAGGGCAAGGAAUCAUGUCCAUACUGUACAUUAUGUGUAUGCUUAUUUAUUUUUUAAAGAAAAAGGAAGUAUACAUAUAGUUCAGUCUGUUAGAUGUUUAUUUAUACUUUUUUUGUGUUUUAUAAUUUAUACAUUUACAAUGUCAGGCUUACUAUCUACCAUGAUAUAUUGUGUUACCACUCAUUUCCCCCCUUUUUGUUGUUGUCUCUUUUACUUUCUUUUUUUUUAUCAUGAAGAAAUAUAUUUGUCCAAAGAGAAGCAGUGUUAUUUAUUUGUCAUAUUACCGUGUAAGUAUAAGUCCUCUACAAGCUGUAAAUUGCAUUCCCUGAGCUGUAAAAAUCUGCUUGUUUCUGUCAAAUCUCUAUCACAGAUGUUUAUGUCACAUAUACGUAAAUGCAUGUUUAGGCUGUGUGUUUAUUUAUUGGGAAUAUAUCAAUCAUUUUAUGUACAGAAGUGUUUCUGGUUUGUUUACAACUCAUAAUAACUGACCAAAGGGAUUCUCUCAAUGGUUUUGCAAAAGAGCAUUGUAAAAGUUGCAACACAGCAGUGAUGAAAUGGAAGAGAAAAAAAAGAGCCAUUUGUUUUUCUUUUCUUGUUUUUUUUUUGGUUCCUCUUCAGUUUUAGCCCUUUAGAUUUGAUUCCACAUGGAGACGACAACAUUAGAAAUUAUUCAAUAGUGUUUAUUUUUUGUCUCACCACAUUAGAGCAGAAGUAAGUUUUGGACGAUACUUGAUUAUUUUGGAAACAAUGUGCCAUUAACAUUUGUGUGCUGUCUUCUUGCCAAUGUGCUCCAUAUUGCUCUCGCAGAGCUACAAUAGGACUAACGUACUGCCGUACUCGACACUAUAUCAGUCUUCAUCACUUUGUUUCUUUUUUUUUGUUUUUUCUUCUCAGAAUGCAUUUUUAUUUUCAAACAUCACAAGAGAAAUACAAAAUUCUGUUAUGAAUAUAUAGUUUUGUAUUUUUUAUGUAAAUGUCAUAUGUACAUACAAAGUUUGAUGGUAUUUGUACAGAUAUGAAGAGUGAAACAAUAAAAGUUUUUUUCCUUAUA